CCAUUUCGUUCUCCUCCUUCCAGGUCGCAGCGGCCUCCCGAAGCAGUCGCGGCCGAAGCUAACAUGAGGGUUGACGCGGGCCUCUUGCUUCUCCUGCUGGUGCUCCCCGCCCUGGCCAUCGGCGGCAGGGCAGGCGCCUCCGGGAGGGAGAGGGGAGGGAGAGGCAGGGGGGGCCGGGGGGGCAAGGGCAAGGACCGGAAGGACAAGAACCUCGAAGGUGGAACGGCGACGAAGGUGGAGGAGGAGGUGGACGACGGCGAGAAGUGUGACGACAGGGCGCACUUGUCGCUGACGGAGAGGACGCAGAGCGCUCAGGUCGUGUUUUAUGGCUUCGUGACCCGCCUGUACAAAGAGGAAGGCAGGAGUUCGUAUCCGGCAGAGUUCUUUAUCGUCAACAUUUUCAAGGGAGCUGACAUCGUUGCCAAAAUCCUAGGCGUCGACCCCGGCUAUGGUGGCGUGUACAACCUGAGGGACAAGCGCAUAAACGUGACCAACUUUGGCCCCCGUGAAGCGUGUCUGGCCCCCCUCGAGGAGCAGAGGACCUUCAUUAUCCUGGCCAACACGAAGAACGGCCGACGACUUCGUGGCCAUUACGAUCACUCUGGAAGCGCGGCCGUUCAGUGGACCAAAGAAAACGAGGAAGAAGUGUGGCGGGCGUUGGGUAAGUAGGACUAUGAUAUAUAUAUUUUUAAGACCUAUCUUAUAUUUAUAUAUUCAUUCGUGUGUUGAUUCCUGUAUUUGAUAUAUUUUUUAAACAUAUCAUAUAUCUGGAUAUUCAUUCGUGUGUUGGUUUGUGCAUUUUGAGGGGGUUUAUUUUUUAUUUUAUUUUUUUUUUCGAUACAGAUAAGUUUUGACUAUAUAUAACUUGUGUGCGAUUUUAACAGUGCUGCAUUAAACAUGGAAAAGAUUACACAUACUUUCAA